AUCGCUGAAUUGCAAAUUUCCCUGAUUUCUCAUUAAAAAAUUUUAGGAUUCCCAUAACGUAUUACUAUAACAAUCGUUAGAAAUAAAAUUAUGAAACGAGCUUUUGUGUACACAAAUAAAACAGAGAAUGAAGGAAAACUUGUGGCCGUGGAAGACACGUUUAAAGAUUUCAAGAAGUCCAUCGCUUUCGAAUUCAACUUAGAGGCGGAAAAUCUAAAGUUAUAUUCGUUAAACGGUUGUGAAAUAAAUGACACAAGAGUGAUUAGGGACGACGAAAAAAUUUAUUUAAGUUUUAAAAGUGAAAAUGGGUCUAAAGGCUGCGAUACAUUUGACUCAUUUGAAACUUUGCAUAUAUCAGAUGGUGCAGAAAAUGGUUCUGUUAGCAAAAAAGGCGUUGUUUCUGACUGGAUUACGUUAAACGUUGGCGGUAAACACUUUACAACUUCACGAUCAACACUUCUAGUUAAAGAACCUCUGUCAAUGUUAGCGAGAAUGUUUGCUGAUGAUAAUAACGUGUAUUUAAUGAAUCCUAGCGCUAAGGAUAAGUUAGGGGCGUACUUAAUAGAUAGGAGCCCGGAAUAUUUCGAGCCUAUUUUAAAUUAUUUGAGACAUGGUGAAGUUAUACUGGACAAAAAUGUUAACCCUAAAGGUGUUUUAGAGGAAGCUGUUUUUUACGGCAUCGACUCAAUGAUACCUCAGCUGCGCGAGUUAAUUGAAGAGUCAACAAGUCAAAGCGGUAGAAACCAGUCGCUCAACAGAAUGGAUGUGAUCCGAUUAAUAAUGAUGACCCCUACAGAAUCAGAGCUGAGGUUCCAGGGGGUAAACUUGGCUGGUGCAGACCUUAAUAGGUUGGACUUGAGGCAUAUCAAUUUUAAGUAUGCAUGUUUAGCCCGAUGUAAUCUGAGUGGUGCAAAUCUGUCGCAUUGCUGCCUUGAGAGAGCAGAUUUAUCACAUGCCAACCUGGAAGGAGCUCAGUUAUUAGGCGUUAAAGCACUUUGUGCCAAUAUGGAAGGUGCUCUUUUGAUUGGCUGCAACAUGGAGGAUCCUGCAGGAUCUAAAGCUGUAAUGGAAGGUGUGAAUUUGAAAGGUGCGGACUUAGAAGGUAGCAACAUGGCGGGCGUGAAUUUGCGUGUAGCAACAUUGAAAAAUGCCAACCUUCAAAAUUGUGAUCUCAGGGCCGCUGUUUUGGCUGGUGCUGACUUAGAGAGUUGUGACUUGUCGGGCAGUGAUCUCCACGAAGCCAACUUGCGAGGUGCAAACUUAAAAGACGCGAUGUUUGAAUUGAUGCUGACGCCGCUUCACAUGUCACAGACUAUACGAUGAUAAUUUAUUGAACGUUAAUUACUUAAUAGUUAAUUUUAUUGUACUCAAAUUAAAUGAAAUUUUAUUUGG